ACACCGGCCAACUGUUCGGGUCCAUCGUUGUCCACGGUCAAUAUUAGCGCCAUUGCAACUGCUGGGUGUGGGCGAAUCUGCGCCCCGCCACCGGAACCGAAAAGCAGCACCCUGAAUUUCUCAUCGUUUAAAUCAAGCUUCACUUCCAAUGUUAAUUUCCUGAAGAGAAGAUUCAGCUCGGGAGACUUGUCUUCCGAGGUCGAUGAUGUUGAUCCCAAUAGAUUGCCGCCGGCUGCGCGUCCUAUACAGGACCAGCCAACCAAGCCGCAUGUUGCCGGCGGUCCGCCGAGCAUGCCGCCACCGCCGGCGCCGGGCCAACUGCCACCGCAGCCUGCCGGCGCAGCUCCGGAGCUGUCGCUAAGCUUCGGCGCUGGCAAGGCACCGGCUUCGGCGGCUCCAGCGCCCCCGCGAGGCGUAAGCGCGCCCACCAGCCCGGCCAAGUCGCGAGAGAGUCUCUUGCAGCGUGUGCAGAGUUUAACAGGCGCAGCACGUGAUCAGGGCGCUUCCAUAUUGGGAGCUGCGGUUCAGAGUGCCACUCAGCGUGCGCCCACCUUUAACAAGGACAGAUACUUCACGCUGCUGGUGCUGGAUGAUCAGAACACGGACUGGUCGAAAUACUUCCGCGGCAAACGUUUGCAUGGCGAUUUCGAUAUACGCGUCGAGCAGGCAGAGUUCCGAGACAUAACCGUGGUCUCCAGCGCCGAUACCGGACCGGUUGUUACAAUGGCCGCCUAUCGCAGCGGCACCCGGGUUGCCCGCUCGUUUCGCCCGGAUUUCGUAUUGAUCCGCCAGCCGCCGCGUGACGGCUCCAGCGAUUACCGAUCAACAAUAUUGGGUCUCAAAUACGGCGGAGUGCCCAGCAUCAACUCGUUGCAUUCCAUCUACCAGUUUCAGGACAAGCCAUGGGUGUUCUCGCAUCUGCUGCAGCUGCAGCGUCGCCUGGGCCGCGACGGCUUUCCGUUGAUCGAGCAAACAUUCUUCCCGAAUCCGCGUGAUUUGUUCCAAUUCACCAAGUUCCCCAGCGUACUGAAGGCUGGACAUUGCCAUGGCGGAGUGGCCACGGCCCGUCUGGAGAAUCAGAGCGCGUUGCAAGAUGCCGCCGGACUUGUUAGCGGCGCUGGAAACGAUUCGCAUUGUUAUUGCACCAUCGAGCCCUACAUCGAUGCCAAGUUCAGCGUGCACAUUCAAAAGAUUGGCAACAACUACAAGGCAUUUAUGCGCAAAUCCAUCACUGGAAAUUGGAAGACCAAUCAAGGCUCAGCCAUGCUCGAGCAAAUCACUUUAACCGAGAAGUACAAAACCUGGGUGGAUGAGAUAUCGGAGCUGUUUGGCGGCAUGGAGGUGUGCGGCGUCUCAGUGGUGGUAGGCAAAGAUGGACGCGAGUACAUUAUUAGUGCCUGUGAUAGCACCUUCGCUCUAAUUGGCGACAGCCAGGAGGAAGAUCGCAGGCAGAUAGCCGAUCUGGUGUCAGGACGCAUGCAGAAUGUCUGCCGUCCCAGUAUGGCACAGACUGGACCUGCUAAGUUGCCAUCACGAUCAUCGGUCUCUUCUCGCGCCGAGAGUCCUACUGAUGACCUAGCACCGACACCGCCGCUGCCCGCCGGGCCCAGGCCAGCCCCGAUGGGCGGACCACCGCCGAUUCCGGAACGCACCUCUCCGGCGGUGGGCUCCAUUGGGCGGCUGAGCAGCCGCAGCAGCAUUUCAGAGCUGCCAGAGGAGCCUUCCUCGUCGGUGCCCAGCACAGUGGGUGGCGUGCGCCGCGAUUCGCAAACGUCGCAGGCAUCAAGCAUCUCGUCGGUGUCCAGGGUCGGACAGCGUCCUCCGCAAACUCAGACCUCUGUCGUUGAGGAUGCGGAGGACACCAUGAAGAACCUGAGGAAGACAUUUGCGGGGAUCUUUGGUGACAUGUAGGAAAUCGCUAAUAAGAAACGCGGCAGAACGGCGAGCGAGACAAGUAACAGCAGCGGCUUGGGCAGCGUGCCCAGCAGCGCUGGACCCACCAGCAGCGGAGGCAGUGCCUUCAGCGGCUCUUUUCUGGGAAAGCAGUUCUCGUUCGCCUCGGGCGGCAAAUCUAGCGGCACGGAUGUGAUCUCUACACAGCCCAGCCGACCGCUGGAUGAGCCAGCAGCAGCAACAUCAGCGGUCAGCUCAACCGCUAAGCUCGCUGCCAGCGUUUCGGAUAGCGUCAAUACAACUACGGAUAACCCUACAACAACUGGCGGCUACCAGCCAGUAACCAACUUUGAGCCACAGGAACGCGUCAAUCCAUUCGACAAGGAGCCACACAAGUCAGUUAGCAUCGCUAGCAUUGGCGCUGCCUCGAAUACAACCUCAUCUUCAUCAUCAAUAUCCUCGUCUUCGAUUUCGUCACGCAUCAAUCGGAAUGGCAACCCCAUCAAGUCACCGCCACCACCAACUGGGCCGCCACCACCGCCGCCCAAUGUGAGCUCCAAUGCCAACAUCAACACGAAUACGAACAGCUCCAGCGUCAGCGCCAGCGCCUAUCGCAGCAGCUUCAGCAGCUCACUCAGCAAGGACAAGACCAGCUACGGCAACUACGACAGCACUAGUUCUAUUGAGACCAUAACGCGCAUGGACACUAACACCACAAACACAGCUGCCACGGCCACAGGCGCCGGAGAGGCCAGCGGUAUUACGGCGAUUAGCACGGGUGCCGUUGGCGCCGCUGCCAUAACCAGUUCGGCCUCCAACAAUGAUUGGCGCACGGCUAUUGGCAUAAGAUCGGCCAGUGUUUACAGUGCGCCGGCUGCUGUAACCACAGCGGCUCUGCCUGGUGACACCUCCGGCUACGAUUCCAAUUCGUUGGCCUCGCAGGCCGGCUACAAUAAUCCCAGCGAUCUGCCCUCGUACACGCGGCCCUCUUACUCACGCUCCGAGAGCAAUGCAUCGAAGCAAUCCGACUUGGACAUCAUAUUCGGGGACGGCAAGACAACGACCUCUAGUCCAGGCAAUGGCAAAUACACGCGCUCCGGCGGUUCCAUCUCUGACGCGGACAUGAUCUUCGGUGGUCCGCCCUCCAACUAUAAAAGCGAUCGUUUUGGCGCUGCCAAAAGCAUGAGCAUGAGCUCGAGCGGCGUUGGAGCCAGCUCCACCUAUAAGAUCUAUGAGGGCAUACAGAAUGCGGCCUUCAGCGACUAUAGCGAUUCGGGCAGCAUUAGCAGCAUAAACUCAACAAGUAAACGAUGGAACCCCAAGUCUGAAGAGGAGGAUGAAUUGGAUUUAAAAUAAAUCCACACACGCGCACACACACAUACACACACACACACACACACACACACACUACGCAGAUCAAGCGGCGUUCAGAGUAUUUAUCAUACUACACUUAAACUAUAGGCAAACUGUCUUUUUCUGCCUCCGAAGUUUCCUGGUUUCAUGAGGGAAUGAACAUAAGCAUAGAAAUACAUAAAAAUAUACUCAACUGCAUCAGCAUUAGCAUCAGCAUCACCUAUACAGCAUAUACAGCAUCACCUAUACACAUUGAGUUACUAUAGUUUUCACUAUCGAUACAAGUUAUUUGAAUAUGCUACAAUAUAUAUAUAUAUGUACCAUUUCCUGUUAUUCUCUAUAUAUAUUUAUUAAUAUAUAUAUAUAUAUAUAUUAAAUAUGUAUGCAGUUACUUCUUAGUUGCAAUUUGAAAAAGGAAAGAAGAAGAAGAAGACUAUGAAAAUACACUACACUACACAAUGUAUAAUUAUAACCACCAAAAUAACAAUAAUAAUGCAAGUAAAGCCCAUAAGUAUGUGAAACUUCGAUGAUGACUUGACUGGUUUUGCAGCAUGAGCUGGAGGAUAUACACUCGAGAAACGUUUUGAAACCUUUUCCAUUUGAAAGUAAGAAAAAUAUUGGGAAUAACUUUAUUGACAUCCAAUUUAAUAAUUAUUGAGACAAAUUUGAUGACAUAUUAAAUAUUGCUAAAUAUGCAUAUUUGCAAGCGUAUCUUACAUGUUAGCUUGCUAUUGAAUUCAUUCGAAUAAUACAAAAUUACCAAAUUAAAUUGUUAAACGAGGAGCAGAAAAUGAGAAACUAUGAAUCUUAACAUAAACUACUUACUAAAGAGCACAAUCCAAAUUUCGUUGGAUUCGUGUGCUUAGAUAAAAGACAAUAUAAAAAGAAAAAGAAUCUUCAACUAAUAUACUAAAUGUUUAUAAUGCAAACGAUGGUUAUUAAUAUAAAUAUAUACAAACGUAUAUAUGUACUUAUUUCAAAAUAAUUAUAUAUGAGCAAAUGUUACAUACCAAGGCAUACACAAAGGCUAUUACACACAAAUUAAAUGUUUAUUAUAUGCCCACAAAUAUUAUUAUACAGUACUUAUAUUAGUAGUUAAUGUUUAUACACACAUACAAACAUAUUCGUCUAUGAUAUUGGGCUAACCCAUAAAGGCAAACUAUUCAACAAACUACCGAAGGGCCUAAUACCAGCUGCGAACCAAGCAAUGUUACAUUAAAACAAAUGAACAAAAUACGAGAGCAGAACAUAAGGAUAUUUCAAAGGAUGCUUCGAGGCAAUAGUACACAUUUAUAUGGCUACUUACACAUUAUGUGGCACCGAAUUGUUAAUGGAUUGAAAGAACAGAGGCAGGCAAAUUUUCUAUAAUAUUGAAAACUCGUGAAUGUUGAAGGCAACAACGAAAAUGUUAUAUAAUGCAUAUGUAUAUGCGAACAAGCUUAUUGCAGUAUUAACUGAAGAGUAUGCUUUAGCAGUAAAUGUUUUAUUCAUUUUGUUACGCACAUGUUUAAGCAUUAUUUUUAACAAUAGAAAAAUAUUUAGAUGGAUUUUGUUGUUACAUAUCGCGAAAAUAGUUAAACCAACUUUUAGCUUGGGUUGUAUGUUCAAAACUUUUAGAAAUAUAUAUUUUAGUGUUGGUUUUGGCGACCUUUCCAGUUUUUAAUUAUUUUGUGAGGCGAACCUCGAGCCACCCAACAAAAUAAUUCAAAUAUAUAUUUUAAAUUUUAAAAAAAUAGCAGUUAAAUUAUUUAGUUAAAAUAUAUACAAUUGAAACGAUAGACAUAUUUUUAUAUUUUUAGCCAAGCCCUUUUUAAUAUAAGCUUUACAAUUCAGAACGAUUUCCAUUCAUUAAAACUCUCAAAUUUUAGUAGUGUUUUACAAAAGCGAACAGUUCUUUGAAUACAUAUUACGAAUUUAAUAAUAACGUUUACAAGAGGUUCUUGUUAAUUUUAAAAACAUUUACGAAUAACUCUGAGCUUCAUUUGUGCUCAUAAUUAUGCACCAAAGCUAACAUCAUACAUUACAUAUUUUUAUCAUUGAUUACAUGUUCUUCGCAACAUUCGUAACCCAAACAUCAUCAUUUGAAUCAACUCAAAUACCUAAUAUAACGACAACUGGCACAUAUUAAAUCAUACUCAAUUGUUUUUAUGAACAUGUAUUUACACAAAUGUAGACCAGAAGGUAAACACACAGGCACAGACACAGACACAGAGUCAUACCUACAUGCAUAAAGGCUUUACCCAUUCACGUAUCGUGCUAACUAACAUAUAUCACAUUAGAUAAUAUCAUGGAGCGCAUAAUGAAUGAAACCAGUGCUGAAAUAUUACAAGAGUACACAAGAAACACAAAAGUAAACGAAAACACAAACAAAAAUAUUAAAUAACAAAAGAACAUAUAUUAU